AUGUAGAAGACAAACUUUAAGAACCUCAAAGACCUACUCUAAAAUAAGUACUCUUACUAAGAUGCUAAAUAAAAUUCGCGUACUUCUUCCAUAGCUGAAGUCUUAUAGAAUCUCAAGAAAAAUAAAGAUCAGACACCAGUCUCCAUCAUGAAAGAAGAGAUCAUCAAUUUUACUAAAGCUAUAGGUUUUGGCAUUUAGGCUCCACCUUCUAAAUCAAAAUCUAAAGAGAAAUAAGCAUUGCCAAAGAGCAUUGACAAGUAAUCAUAUAAUUUUUGAUUUUAGAAAACCGAUAUUAAAUAAUGUAGCCCCAUAAUCAAAGGGUAAUAGUCGAAACAAUAGUUCUUAGAGUAGAAAUACUUCUGCGCAUUCCAUCAUAAAUGAGAAGUAAGUUGAAUAAAUAUGUUAGCACAAAUCGAUCUAUUGCUAAAGACCCAAAAAUACCAAAAGGAUUUUAAACUGGAAGAUUAAGAGAAAGGCAAGAAAUGAAUUCAAUCUUGGAAUAAUAAAAAAUAAAAAUACUUAAUUAAUCACAGGAUCAAUAAAAAUAAAAUCUCAACAACAGUAAUGUAAGUAAAUAAGGAACCAUAGAUCUCGUUAACUUAUUAAAGCAACAGUAAAAUCAAAAAUAAGAAUCAUUAACAAAUGAGGUAAUAAAUGAGAGUAAAACAUUCGGUGAAGAAUUCUGUGGAUUAAAUAAAGGGCAUUUCAUAUAUAAUUAUGUGAUUGGAAAAGGAGGAUUUGGAAAAGUUUGGAAAGUAGAAUUGAAGAAAAAUAGAUAAUUGUUUGCUAUGAAAGAAAUGAUGAAAUCUAAAAUUAUUGCCAAAAGAAGUAUCAACUCUGUAAUGAAUGAAAAAGAAUUAUUAUCAUAAUUGAGACAUCCGUUCUUAGUCAACAUGUGUUAUGCAUUCUAAGAUAGAGAUAAUCUCUAUUUGAUUAUGGAUUUGUUAACAGGAGGAGAUUUAAGAUUUCAUAUUGGUAGAAUGAAGAGAUUUAAAGAACAUUAAACAAGUACUGAUAUCAUUAAUUUAGAAUUCUUUAUUGCAUGCAUCGUAAGUGGACUAGAAUAUCUUCAUAACAAUAACAUUAUUCAUAGAGAUAUUAAACCAGAAAAUAUCGUACUUGAUAAACGAGUAAUCUUUAAAUAUUAAUUAAGGGUUAUGCUAGAAUUACAGAUCUAGGCAUUGCAAGAAAGGUUAGACCGGAUAAUUCAUAAGACACUAGUGGUACUCCUGGUUAUAUGGGUAAAUACUAAUUUAUUAAUCCAUUAAGCACCUGAAGUUAUGUGUAGAUAAAAUCAUGGAAUUGCAGUUGAUUAUUUCGCUUUAGGAGUUAUCGCCUAUGAAUUUAUGAUUGGAAAAGUAAUCUUUAUUAUCAAUUUAUCAAAAGAGACCAUACAAUGGGAAGUCAAGGAAGGAGAUUCGAGAUUAGAUUCUUGCUAAAUAGGCAUCUAUCAAAAAGGAAGAUCUACCAAAUGGGUGGUCUAUUGAAGCAAUGGAUUUUGUAAAUAAAGUAAAACAUCAUUUUGACUCUAGUUAUUACAAAGAAAACCUUAAAAUAGGUUAGGAUUUAAUGGUCCUUCCGAAGUCAAGAAUCAUCCUUGGCUAAAAGGUGUUCCUUGGGAAAAAUUGUAUAAUAAGACAGUCGAAGCACCUUAUGUUCCUAUUGUAUUUGUUAUAAUAAUAAACAAUAGAAUGUCUAGGAUAUGUAUAGAUAACAAAUAUCAGAUGAUGGAGAGGAAUCUUAAGAUGAAUUAAUUAAGGAAAACUAAUUAUUAUUAAGAAAAAAUAGUGUUUAAAGUAUAAAUAAUAGUAGAUUUAGAUUUAUUUGCUGGUUAUGGAUAUGAUUGCAAUUAAGAUCCUACUUAUAAAGGAACUAGAAGUACUGCAUCAACGCAUAAUACAAGUCAACAGAAUGAGACAAUCAAAUUUUGA